AUGGAUAUAGUUUUGAGAUAUGUUGAUAGACUUGGGAUUGUAAAUGAAAGAUUUAUAGGAGUUGUUCACGUGUUGGAUACAUCCUCUUUAACUCUUAAAGCCGCCAUCGAUACCGUUUUUUCCAACAACAACUUGACUAUCGAUCAAGUGAGGGGGCAAGGUUAUGAUGGAGCAAGUAAUAUGAGUGGUGCAUUUAACGGUUUGAAAUCAUUGAUUUUAAAUGAAAACAGUUCUGCACAUUAUAUACAUUGUUUUGCAUAUCAACUUCAAUUAGUGGUUGUGGUGGUUGCAAAGAAACAUGAUGAUGUUGAAGAAUUCUUUGAACAACUAGGUUUGGUGGUUACUGUCGUUUGUGGGUCUUGUAAGAGAAAAGAUAUGAUACGAGAGAUGCAAAAAGAAAGAGUGGCAACCGAAAUUGGUAUUAGUGAAACUGAAACAGGAAGAGGGUUAAAUCAAGAGAUUUCUCUUGUUCGAGCUGGAGAUACUAGAUGGGGUUCACAUUUUAGAAUAAUUGUAGGUUUGUUGAAUUUGUUUUCAGAAGUUGUUGUUGUUCUUAAAUAUGUCAAAGAGGAGGGGUCUACUUUAUCUAACCGUAAUCAAGCAAAUGGAAUUUUGCCAUAUUUCAAAACACUUGAUUUCGUAUUUCUUUUAGACUUGAUGUUGGAAAUUUUAUGCCUCACUGAUACUUUGUCAAAGCAUCUUGAAAAAAAAAUCAAGAUAUUUUGGAAGCGGCUUCGUUAG